AUGAUACACGCCACACGCCAUGCCUCGACAUCGUCCACGACGACAGCUACUUCAUCGACGCCUGCAACCAACAACAACAGCAAUAACAACUCGCCCGGUGCCCAGCCGCAACUCACGUGGGAUGCCUUCUUCGCGCUGCGCCGCACGCGGCGGCGCAUUGGGCAAGCCUGCUCUGGAGUCGGUGCCGUGGGUGUGACGUACUUUGGUCUCACCACCAUGAUCAACAACGGGUACGAUGCGACACUCUCUGCACAACUGGGGGGCUUUGACCCGCUGAUGCUCAUGGGACUGAGUACCUUGGGCAUGAUGGCUGCGGGCUGGCUGGUAGGGCCCGUGUUUGGCAACAUGGUCUUCAACUUGGCGUACAGAGGGGUUGUGGGCGAGUUCACUAGGAAAGACUCGGCCUUUUUCAACAGAAUCAAGCAGCACCGUGUCGAUCCUACGGCGUCAUCGCUGGCGAACCCGCCCCCGGAUUACUAUGGCGAGAAGAUUGGGAGCGUGGCGGGAUAUAGGAGGUGGCUGAAGGAUCAACGUGCGUUUAAUCUCAAGACGGGGAGGUAUAAGGCGACCAAGGCGUCUGAGUCCAAGGCUUUGUGA